AUGGCUUCUUCUCGCCGCAUUUUCGUUGGGAACAUCCCUUAUGAUGCCACCGAGCAACAGGUCAAGGCUCUCUGCGAGGAGGUUGGCCCUGUUGUGACUUUCAGAAUGGUUACAGAUAAAGACACCGGGAAGCCAAAGGGUUUUGGGUUCUGUGAGUACAGGGAUGAGACGACGGCGUUUAGUGCGCUGCGGAAUCUUCAGGAUUGUGAGCUCAAUGGCCGGCGUUUGAAGGUUAAUUUUGCUGCUAAUGAGAAGGCCAAUCAUCAGCCGAUUGGUCUCCAAGCAGCUGUUGAUGCAGCCGCCGCAAUGGCGGGAGCUCUAGGUGGUUCUCAGCAGCAGCAGGCAUUGGCUAAUGAUCCUUUGACAGUCCAUCUGUCCAAAAUGUCGAGGAAUCAGUUGGCGCAAAUGGUCUCGGAGAUGAAGGGAAUUGCUGUGGAAAAUAAGGAGAUGGCUCAGGAGCUAUUGCUUGCAAAGCCGCAGUUAAACAGGGCUCUGCUUCAGGCACAAAUGAUGCUAGGAAUGGUCACACCACAAAUGUUGGGACAGGUUAAUAUGAGGCCAAUGCCUCCCUUCAAUAAUGGCCAGCCGCAGCCGCAGCAGCAGCAGCAGCAGCUCGUUCCAAAAUCGGAACCAGUACAGAUCUCGGAGCCUCAGACUCUGGUCACCCCACAAAUGAUGCAAAAGAGGUCAAUGCCUCCAUUCAAUAUUGGCCAGCAGCAGCAGCAGCAGCAAGUUCCAAAAUCAGAACCAGUGCAAAUCUCUGAGCCUCAGAUUCUUCCACCGGGAGUGGACCCUGCUUUAUUGCAACAAGUUUUGAGCCUACCUCCUGAAACGGUGGCUUCGUUGGCACCGGAACUGCGACAACAAGUCAUUCAACUCCAACAGAUGUAUAGGCAAGAUCAGAGGAUCCCUUGCAGCAGUGGAUGA